AUGUCUAGCCAUUUCAUGAUCUGGAAUGCCCAGGGGAUAGCGAACGCUACUACCCAAGGCAGUUUCAAGAAUAUGAUCGAUAUGUAUAGUGUGUUGUUUGCCGCAGUGCUUGAGCCUCAGACAGAACCCCAGCCUUCUUUCUUUAGUAGGCGCUUUGGGUUGCAGUUUAGGUGCUCGAACACAAAUGGCAAGAUUUGGAUCUUCUCUCACAGGGAUUGGCAGGUCGAUGUGAUCGACGACUCCGAGCAGGUUCUUCAUGUCCGAGUCACUGCUGCUAUAUUCCCUACUCCAAUCUUUCUCUCCGUAGUGUACGCUAAGUGCUCGAGGGAGGGGAGAUACGAUUUGUGGAAUAAGCUCAGGGACAUCUCCUUAGCGACUGACGGGGCACCCUGGCUUGUUGGAGGCGACUUCAACAUCUUCUUGUUGGAGGAAGAGAGACGGGGUAGUACCACAGAUAGGCACGGAGAGAUGAUGGACUUUGCUGACGCAGUUGCAGACUGCCAGCUCCUGGACCCAGGCUUUGAUGGCCCACCUUUCACUUGGACGAGGAGUGGGCUUUGGGAGAGGUUGGACAGAGUCCUUCUAGGGGAGCAUUGGACGACAGUCUUUGCAGCUACUAGGGUGACUCACUUGCCUAGGAUCUCUUCAGAUCAUGCCCCUUUGCUCGUGCGAUGCCAGCUCACUACCCAGAUUCCGAGGCCAUCCUUUAGGUUUCAGAACAUGUGGGUACGGCAUCAUACUUUCAGGGAUGAGAUCGCCAGAGUGUGGGAUGCGGAGACGGGCUUCUUCGGCAUGCUCAAUCUUCAGUUCAAACUCAGUAGAGUGAAGAAUUUUCUCAAAGGAUGGAACAGAGAGGUCUUUGGGAACAUCUUCGAGAGGCUGAGGGAGGCAGAGGAGGCAGUUACCGUUGCGCAGGCGGCUUACGACGGGGAUCCCACGGGAGCCCAUAGGAGUGAGCUCAGCCGAUGCACCGCUCUCUAUGCAGGAGGACAGACUCUCACGUCAGAGGACGAUAUCAGACAGUCGGCGGUAGGUUUCUUUCAGCAGCUGCUCACGACAGACGUUGAGCAGUUGGAGCAGCCGGACCUUGAUCUCUUGAGCAGCCUUCCAGACUCAGUGGACCGCGAGGGCCUCUGUGCAGUCCCGGACUCAGAUGAGGUGAGAGCGGCGGUCUUUGGCAUCAGUGGAGACAGCGCCUCUGGACCGGAUGGUUUCUUCCACUCUACGAGGGGACUUCACCAGGGAGAUCCGUUAUCACCGUCUUUGUUCGUGCUUGCUGCAGAUUAUCUGUCGAGGAGCUUGGACAGGCUUGUGGCCACACAUCCUGAUAUGGAGUAUAGAUGUGCUCGACGCGCGCCGGCCAUAUCCCAUCUGUCUUAUGCCGACGACAUUGUCAUAUUUGUCAGGGCACACAGACAGUCCGUGGAGAGGCUGGUACACUGUCUUGACCACUAUUCUGCCGUGUCGGGCCAGAUGGUGAACAAGGGAAAGAGUCACUUCUAUCUCUUUCAGAAGUUCGAUUCUUGGGCGGCUGAGGUGGCAGAGGUUCUGAAGCCGUUUGAGUACUGGAUGAGGGACUUAGAGCAGAUCUUGGCCAGGUUUGGGUCGAGAUGGAUGCAGCAGCAGUGGUCGCAGUGUUCACUUCGGGACGCAUGGGAGCGGCAGACGUGA